UCGCCGACUACCGCGCCGCGAGCACGCUUUGUGAUGCGCCCCGCGUUUUGACGCGACAUGGCCUCGUCGACGACCGGCAACAUCGUAGUCGAGUGGUUACGUUCGCUCCACCUGGGCCAAUAUUCUGAAAGUUUUAUAGACAACGGAUAUGACGAUUUGGAAAUAUGCAAACAGGUUGGAGAGCCCGAUUUGGAUGCCAUAGGUGUUCUCAAUCCAGCACACCGACAACGACUGUUGCACUCUGUAAGAAUUUUGAGAGAAGAAGGUGCAGCAGCUGUUUAUUUUACUUUAGAAGAGGCCGGUGCUGCUCGAGACUCGUUGAAAAUACCGCGAAUCCAGCUAAAGCGUCUGCUUCGUGAGCGCCUUGCUCAAGACGGCAUCCGCUUGAGUCUUCAGCCGUACUCCACCACGGUCAGUGUUUAUUAUUUGUGGCAACGGCAUUGCUUCUAGCGGUUAAAGCUCGUGAUUGGUGACAGUGUAAAAUGGAAUAUAAAAGUGUAUGCAGU